UCGUGUGCCCGUGUGAACCCAAAGGAAGUGCAGCAUCACCUGUCAGGAGCGGAGCCGCCUGCAGCAGAAACAGCCUGAAUUCAUCCGCUCUGCAGGCCCAAAGGUCUCCAGGCCGCAUUCCUUCACUUGAGGUUAUAGCGAGCAUGCGGGGCGACUCGUUGUGCUUUCUCGAUUAAAAUGCGGGGACACGAAGAGGCCUUUCCUCGAAGGCUUACAGAACAGAGCAUUUCCUCCCAAGACGCCUGAAUAACGCUGAUAAAAAAAAAUAAAAAAAACUGCUGCUGCUGCUGAUGAGAGGAGUGGCACAGUCAUGACGCUCCGCCCCUCCGUUAACCAGCGAGGAGGAAAAACUUUCUCUCCUCUCACUUUUAACUUUACUGAUGUCGCUGGCGUCCGGCCGAAAGAGAAGCGUUAGGGACCAGGAGGGAGCUAGCGUUUUCAAGCCAGGAAGUCUGAACAUGAAGACCUUCAGCGAGUAGAAGGAAGCAAAGACACCAAGAAUCUUUUUUUGUUUUGUUUUCGAGUCCAUCAAGAGUGCGGCAUCAUGAAGUCGCUCCGGCGCUUCAGCUUCACUCUGUGGACGCUUCUGGUAUUCAGCGCUCUCCUCCCGAAUAUUGAGGCUGAGAAUACUACAAUAGAAACCACAACAACAGCUCUAACUGCAACCACAACUACCGCAACUACAUCUGCAGCUACAGCCACAGCAACACUUGUUCCUACAACCACAACAGCUGUUGGUACAGCUGUUAGCACAGCAACAACUGCACCAACAACUUUAACCGCUGCGUCAACAACUUUAACCGCUGCACCAACAACUUCAGCUGCUGCACCAACAACUUCAACUGCUGCACCAACAACUUUUACCGCUGCAUCAACAACUUCAACUGCUGCACCAACAACUUCAACUGCUGCACCAACAACUUCAACUGCUGCACCAACAACUUCAACCGCUGCAUCUACAACUUUAACCGCUGCAUCUACAACUUUAACAGCUUCACCUACAAUCACAGCAACCACAAUAACAGCUACCUCAACAAACACAGUAACCACAAUAACAGCUGCACCUACAACCACAGCAAUCACAAUAACAGCUGUCCCUAUAACCACAAUAACAGCUGUCCCUACAACCACAGCAACCACAGUAACAGCUGUCCCUAAAACCACAGUAACAGCUGUCCCUUCAACCACAGCAACCACAAUAACAUCUGCCUCGACAAACACAGAAACCACAAUAACUGCUGCCCCUACAACCACGACGACUGAACGAACAACCAUGACGGCUAAUCCAGCAACUGCAAGUAAGGCACCUGGAAAUGUGUCGAAUCUCAAUGUGGAAAGUAUCACAACAUCCUCUGUGAAAGUGACCUGGAACAAAACGGAUGAUGCAAGCUACCGAGUAUACUGGAAAAAAGGAGAAAUAACAAGCAAUGAAACAGUAACACAAAACUUCAAAAACAUCACAGGACUAGAUCCUGGGGUUCAGUACACUAUAAAUGUUACUGCUGUUGCUAAUGAUAAUACCACUGAAGGACAUCCUGACAUGGUGACUGUCUACACAAAACCUGAAGUAGUCACAAAUCUCAGUGUCUUUAAUGUAACAACAUCAUCUCUACUUGUGAACUGGACAAAACCAAAUGGAAACAGCUCUUUCUAUAGAGUUCAUUGGAAAGGUGGAGAAAUAAGUCUCCAAAGAAAUGUGUCUGAAACAUCUCUGACCAUUUCUAAUCUGACUGCUGGUGAGCAGUAUACAAUAACUGUAACUGCUGUAGCUGCUGAUAAACUCACUGAAGGAGAGAGCAAGACUUCUUUCAAUUGCACAAAACCUGAAGCAGUCAACAAUCUCACUGUCACUGAGGUAACAACAACCUCUGUGUCUUUGAAUUGGACUGAACCUGAGGGGAAAAGACUGUUUUAUACAGUAAAGAGGGAAAAUGAAAACAAACAUUUGAAUACAAGUGAGACUCAGGCGAAUGUGACUGAGCUGAAUCCUGGCGAAAACUACUGUUUUAAUGUCACGGCUGUGGCUACAGACAACAAAACAGAGAGUGAUGAGAGAAACAUUUGUGCAUUUACAAGGCCUGUAAAGCCUGUGAACAUCAGGGUUGAAUCAAGAACAAGUGACAAUAUAAACAUCACUUGGACUUUGCCUGAAGGAAGGGUUGACCAUUACAUCGUGAACAUCUCAAAUGCAAGCAGUAACUACAACGUCACAAUAACAAACGCCACCACAGCAGCUUUCUCUGGUUUACUUCCUGGAAGGAGUUUCAUUUUCACAGUGACUGCUGUAGCUGGAACGUUCACCAAUACCUCUGAUCAGUUUUCAUUUGCAACAUAUCCGUUGUCUGUCACAUCCUUCAACUUCACCAACAGGACAAACUCUUCUUUAAACCUGCAGUGGGUGACUCCAAAAACGAUGGAUGGUGCUUUAAUAGUCAGCUAUAUUAUCACCUACAAUAAUCCAAAUGACACUGUAUCAAAGAACCGCUCUACAGAGAAGACGAACAUAGAGUUAAAUGGUCUUCAGUCUGGAACCAAUUACACCAUAACUAUAACAACUGUUGGACCGGAACAACUGAGUAGCUCUCCAGUCGCCAAGUAUACUUACACUUUGCCAAACCCAGUGCAGAAUGCAAAAGCCAGCCCUAUUUCUCCAACUUCCAUAAGGGUGAAUUGGUCACAGCCACUGAAUGUCCAAGAAUAUUACCAGUACCGGGUUCAAACCUACAACAGCGCAGGAGUACUUGAUAACACCUAUAUCAACAAAGGCAGCACCACUAGCUAUGACGUUCCCAGUCUGGAGCCGGGUUUCUUUUACUCCAUCAUCAUCACAACAAUUGUUUCAUCAGACACUGCAUCAAGCUCUGUGGAGGUGUCGAGUUACACAAUGCCCAAAGCAGUGACCGAUUUGACUGUGAGCUUCGUGGGCACCACAUCCAUCCAGCUCUCAUGGAAAACACAAAUGAAUUUCAGUAAUUCCUGCAACUAUCUGGUGGAAGCAUUGCUGGGCAGUGAGCGAGUUCAGAAUAGCUCCACGAACUUUAAGAACUUCACCUUCAACAGUCUGACUCCUGGAACCCUUUACACAUUUAAUGUGUUGACAGUUCAUGAAGGGGUAUCAUCAACAAGCACAAGCACAAUGGAACGUACAAUUCCUGCACAGGUCUCAGACAUUUUAGUCAUAGGAACCACCUCCAGCUUGUCAGUGAACUGGACAAAAGCAGUUGGGCAGGUUUCCUCAUAUCUUAUCCAGUUAUACAAUAACACAGAUUCCUUGAUAUACAACACAAGUCUGACUAACGAGACUACACAGUAUACAUUUGAGAAUUUGAAACCAGGAGUGCUUUACCAUGUUGAGGUUGUCACUAAAAGUGGACCAAAGGAGAGCAAGCAGAAUGUUUACAAUGCAACUUUUCCUAACCCCCCUGGCUCUAUCAUGGUGGAGUUUCAGACCAACAGUUCCAUCAGAUUUAAUUGGUCCCUUCCAGCUAACAUGGACCCUCCCCAGAACUUCACCGUGUUCACUAAAAAUGACUCUUAUGUUACCAAGAACAACUCGUUCCUGUUGGAAAAUCUUGAGUCAGGAUCCAUGUACACAGUUUCUGUAGUCACUGUUGGUGCGUGGGGUUAUAAGAGUACCAUACAGAGCACACAAAACUAUACAAGACCAAAUUCGGUGACGGGUCUGACAGAGACAGGAAUCACCCCUAGUUCAGUAACCCUGAAGUGGAAUCAGGCAAACAGCAAACCACCCUACAUUUAUGAAGUGCAGCUUACAAGUGAUUGUUCUGGACAAAACCAUACGAGUACAAGGUCGACUUCAAAUAUCGGGUGGAAGACAACGGGCUGUCACAACCAAACUACCAACUCAGAAGCAGAAAACAUGACCUUCUCAGAUCUCAUCUCUGGAACCAACUGCAGCUUCUGUGUUACUGUCAUAGCAGAGAAUGGCACUGAAGGGAAAGAGAUCUGCACCACUCAGUACACUAAACCCAAUGUGGCAUUGCUCAAUAUCUCCAAUGAGGGAUUCAAUGAUUCAGUCCUGGUAUCAUGGACCAAACCUCCUGGAAAUGUGGAGAAAUAUGAACUUCAUCUGAACUGCUCCUCAGGUUCAAAUCAAACAGCAAUGCCCAGUUUUAAUAACACCUUCCGGUUUUACAACCUGCACGCUGCAGAGCUCUGCAGUGCUGUGAUGAUAUCACACAGUGGAACAUUCAGAGUACCAUCUGAAAUUGUUACAACUGCAACAUACCCAAAUCCUCCUGGGAAUAUUGGCAUCCAGAAGCAAACUACCAGUUCUAUUGAACUGCAAUGGGGACAAGCACCUCAUAUGGAACAUGCAUUCAACUACAGCUACAAGUUGACCUACAAUUAUUCUCAGAACGAAAUUCCUUCUAACAAGACAAAUUACAUUUUGUCCCAACUUCUGUCUGGGACUUCCUACAACAUUUCUGUGACAACUGUGGGACCAAUGUAUUUUGAGAGUAAAUCUGUUGACAUAUACGUGACCACAAGGCCUUAUAAUAUCACAGAUCUAAAUGCUUUUACCUUAAACACAACUGCUGUUUACCUAAACUGGACAAAACCAUACGAGUACAAGGUCGACUUCAAAUAUCGGGUGGAGACAACGGGCUGUCACAACCAAACUACCAACUCAGAAGCAGAAAACAUGACCUUCUCAGAUCUCAUCUCUGGAACCAACUGCAGCUUCUGUGUUACUGUCAUAGCAGAGAAUGGCACUGAAGGGAAAGAGAUCUGCACCACUCAGUACACUAAACCCAAUGUGGCAUUGCUCAAUAUCUCCAAUGAGGGAUUCAAUGAUUCAGUCCUGGUAUCAUGGACCAACCCUCCUGGAAAUGUGGAGAAAUAUGAACUUCAUCUGAACUGCUCCUCAAGUCCAAAUCAAACAGCAGUGCCCAGUUUUAAUAACACCUUCCGGUUUUACAACCUGCACGCUGCAGAGCUCUGUAGUGCUGUGAUGAUAUCACACAGUGGAACAUUCAGAGUACCAUCUGAAAUUGUUACAACUGCAACAUACCCAAAUCCUCCUGGGAAUAUUGGCAUCCAGAAGCAAACUACCAGUUCUAUUGAACUGCAAUGGGGACAAGCACCUCAUAUGGAACAUGCAUUCAACUACAGCUACAAGCUGACCUACAAUUAUUCUCAGAACGAAAUUCCUUCUAACAAGACAAAUUACAUUUUGUCCCAACUUCUGUCUGGGACUUCCUACAACAUUUCUGUGACAACUGUGGGACCAAUGUAUUUUGAGAGUAAAUCUGUUGACAUAUACGUGACCACAAGACCUCACAACGUGAAGUCUCUCAAACUUGAUCCUGAUGAGGAACGUAUCAAUUUAAGUUGGAUCCUACCUGAUGAGUAUAAGGAUACCUAUCAAUUUUUUGUCACCUGGCAAAGCCACAAUUGGACUUAUGCUAGGAGCGCCACAACUGGUGGAACUUUAUAUAGCAUCCCUGAACUGACUCCUGGUACUGACUACAACAUCAACAUCAUCACUAAGACAUCUGAUGGAACAGGAUCUGCCAUAGAAAUGGUGUCCAACUGCACAAAUGCAAGUCCUGUGAAGAACUUAAUAGGGUAUGGACCAAACUCUGGAGAUGCAAAAAUUAUUCUGGACUGGGACACGCCCAAUGGAAACUACUCUAAUUUCAAGUUUACUGUAACCAACACUUCCACCCUUUCUUAUGCGAACGGUCCUAUACACAUUAUUUCUAACCUUACUUACCAUUCUAUUUAUGAGAUUAAAGUAGAGACUCAGAGUUGUGGAAAUCCUAGCACUCCUCAGUGGAUAACAUGUCAGACAGGCGUUGCAAAGCCAUCAGCCAUUUCAUCAACCUCUGUGAAGCAGGUGUCUAAAACUCACAAAACAUUCACACUUAGUAUUGAAACUACCCUGAUAGACAACUCUAAAGGACCAGUGACUCAUGUUGGGAUUCUGGUAACAAGCGAUGACAUUGGUAGGUGGUUUGCACCUAUUUGGUUGUGGACUCAGGAAAAAUUGAACACCAGUAAAUCAGUGUGUUCUAUAUCAGAUUUGUCUAUUGUGAUUAUUCUCGACAAAGACCCAGCUAUCACCUAUAUUGCUAUUGGAGCAACGUUGGGAAUUUUUGGAGUUCUCUUUGUCAUCCUUAUUGGUUUUAUCAUCUAUUGGAAAAGGUUAUCCCGUAAGGAGUCUCCUGACAUCCAGAUUCAGUCAAUGGAGGGGAAAGUAAGUGUGGCUGUGAGAGUGGAGGACUUUGAAGCUUACUACAGGAAGCAGAAAGCUGACUCCAGCUGUGGCUUUGCUGAAGAAUUUGAGGACCUGAAGCCUGUUGGUAUAGCUCAAGCCAAACUACAUGCACUGGCUCUUGAGAACAAGCCUAAAAAUCGCUACAACAACGUGCUUCCUUAUGACUCCUCAAGAGUGAAACUCUCUGUUGUCCAUGGAAGUCCAAAUGAAGAUUACAUCAAUGCUAACUACAUGCCGGGUUACCUUUCCAGGAAGGAGUUCAUCGCAGCUCAGGGACCUUUGCCUGCAACAGUCAACGAGUUCUGGAGGAUGGUCUGGGAGAAGAACGUCCAAACUGUGGUCAUGCUAACACGCUGUAAUGAACAAGGAAGAGUUAAAUGUGAGCAGUACUGGGGUCCUGGCACCAAAUACUAUGAAGACAUCAUUGUGACAACAACUUCUGAAAUCCAACUUGAAGACUGGACCAUCAGGGAUUUUGACAUAAAAAAUGUGAAAACAACAGAAGUCCGCUCAGUCCGCCACUUCCAUUUCACAGCGUGGCCGGAUCACGGCGUUCCAGAAACCACAGAGCUUCUGAUCAGCUUCAGACAUCUGGUCAGAGAACACAUGAACCAGUAUUCCAGAAACUCCCCCACAGUGGUUCACUGCAGUGCUGGAGUUGGGCGCACAGGCACCUUCAUAGCCAUUGAUCGCUUGAUCUUCCAGAUCGAAAGGGAAAACAUUGUGGAUGUGUACGGCAUUGUUCAUGAUCUGCGAAUGCACCGGACCCUUAUGGUGCAGACGGAGGACCAGUAUGUCUUCCUAAACCAGUGUGCCUUGGACAUCAUCCGGGCGAGAACAGGGAACAAUGUGGAUCUAAUCUACCAGAAUACAGCUGCCAUCUCAAUUUAUGAAAACGUAGAACCCAAAAGGGGAUAUUAGUCUGCUUUUUCAUUUCUUUACAUCUCUCCCUUUCUUUUUGGGUGAGAAAUAACUGAGCAAACAAGUAUAAAGGGAAUACGUUUGUUAGAAACAUCAACCUUUAAGGGUUUAAUCCUCUUUUUUAUAUUUAUUCGUUAAAAAAAAUAGAGGAAACUGCAUUUUUUUAUGCUUCUGCCUUAAAUUCUCAUACCUGCAUAUUCUUUGCACUGCACAAUUAUUAUAAAAUUGCUUUCUACUGUAAAUGACUCACAGAUUUUUAUUUUGCUCAGGUAGUUUUAUUGUAUACUGUUUUGGUAUUUUUAAAUAAACUUUUAAAUCGAACUGUACAAAACAAAGGCUGGUGGUAUGUGCCUUAAAAACAGCAUUCAUGCGUUUACACCAGUAGAGGGCACACUUGUCUUAUUUUUUCUAGUUAUUAAACAGGGAUAAUGUGAUAUUUUAAAGGAAUUUUAAGUUAUUCUCUCCUUGCCUAACUAACUGUAAGCCAAUAUGAACUGUGCAAUGUGAUUUAAUGAAGGAGUUUAUUUGUUUUGGUCUCUUUUUGUAUUUAUAUGCACUGCAAUGUGACAAAUGCACUGGAUGCAUUUAUGCAUUUGUCCCACACUGUCCACUAGAGGUGUUUCUUUUCAAGUAAUUUAUGUUAUAUUCUGGCCAGUGGUUCUUGAAAUGGAAUAUUUAUCUUAUUUCUCAUUUCAUCUCAGGAACUUCUUUCAAGAAGAACAUUUUACUGGCUGUAUUUGUGUUAAAAUAUAUAUAAUGCACCAGUUUGUAUUAUUAAUAAAGACAUUAGUUCAAUUGUCUUUUUUGCUCUUUCCUAUGCUGUACAUUCUUUAGAAAAACAUCGUAUUUCAUUUCCUGUGACAUCUCUUGUCCAGCUUUGGUCACUUCCUCUGUAUUAAAAGUCACUGGAGAAGCAAAAAUGUACAUAUUUUUGUCAGUCUUCCAAACAGCAGGAUUUUCCAUUAGCUUGGUACCUUUCUUUUUUUUCACAGUUUGAUUUGUAGCACUUAUGUUUUAAUGAGAAAUAGGAACAUAAAAUAGAACAUUUUUUAGGAUGUUUUAAAAUGCUUUAUGAGAUGCUUGCUGGUUCAACGCAACUAUGUAAAAUGAGCUGAAGAUAUGUACUUUUUAAAUAUGUAAAAUUAAAUGGGAUUAAAGAUGUUGCAACAUUGUGGCAACAAUCUACUCUUUAUUAGAAUCUAUUUGCUUCAAUGCCAAUAAAGCUAAACUGUCUUGCUAAAA